GCUCCAUGUGGUGGAGAACCUGAGCGCGGUGAACAUCUGGAUCUGAGUGAUGUGUGAUGUGUGAGAGGGAAAACGCGGGCGAGACGAUCCUGUGAGGAAACUUUUAUGAGGACGGAAAAGCUCGGAAGAAUCCCGCUGUUACUCUUUGGUAAGCCGAACUGCAGUGGACUCAUUACUGCCUCCUCAGGACGAAGGGUGGAAAACACCCACUACAACUUGAAGGGUCUGUCAAGGGUCGAUCGGAGCUGAGGCAUGCACAGUGAAGUGGAAUCGAUGAACACCAGCCUUGACAGUCCUCUGAGCCCGAGGCACCUGACUGGGUUGGGGAUGAACUGUCUUCACAGCAGGUACAGACACUCUGGACCUGGCCUUGCCAGUCCACAGGAGUACAACCAGUGGCUGCCUUACCGCCACGACGCCAGCCUGCUGCCCAUGAAAGAAGACCUGGCCUUCUGGCUCAACAGCCUUAUGGGUGUGGACCUCACAGCAGACAGUCUGAUGGAAAGUUUGGAUAAUGGCGUUCUCCUCUGUCAGCUGGCACAACUGCUGCAGGAGAAGAUGAUACACAUCAACAAGCCCUUCACGAGAAGAGUGAUUUACUGGCGAGCUGAUGCAACUUCAGGAUCCUUUUUUGCCCGCGACAACACUGCCAACUUCCUGUACUGGUGUCGAAAGACUGGCGUUGAUGAGGCUUACCUUUUUGAGUCGGAGGAUUUGGUCCUCCAUAAGCAGCCUCGGGAGGUGUGCCUGUGCCUGAUGGAGCUGGGACGGAUUGCAGCCAGGUAUGGAAUAGAGCCUCCAGGGCUGGUGAAGUUGGAGAGAGAGAUAGAGAGGGAGGAGGCGGGAUGCUUAUCUCCAUCAUCCCCUCUGCCCUUCUCCCUUUUUCCUCCUACAUCACUGUGCUCGCCAUCACAAUCAUCCCUGCCCCCAGCCCCCUCUCCACCUCCAUCACCCACGCCCCUCACUCCAAGCACAGCCUGUCUGCCUGAAGCCCUCGCUGCCUCCUUCGCCUCUGAUCUUCCAUCAGCCACAACAAACCCAGCAUCUACAUUUUUAUCCCCUCCUCAGUCCUCUAACACCUGUACAACCACAGCCUCGACACAAACACCUUUGUUCUCUUCCUCCUGCACCACUAACACAUCUGCUUCAACUCCACCGUCAGCACCCUCACCAGCCCAGACCCUGGUGUCCAAAGUCUCUUCCGCCACAGUAACCAAACUCACUCCCACAGCUACACCUCCCGUCACCUCCCCACCUGCAGGCCUGACUCCUCGUUCCUCUGGCAAAUCCUCUUCCCGGAGGAGCGCAGGCCCCAGCAACAUUUUGGAUGAUAUUGUGAGAAACAUUAUUGAAAAUCCCCCCUGCAACUGUCCUACCAGGUUCCUUGUCGAAAAGCAACCUAAAGGCUGCUACCGUGUUGGGGAUAAAGUUCUAUAUAUACGUAUGCUGAAUGAACGUCAUGUGAUGGUACGCGUAGGCGGAGGCUGGGAGACCUUUAUAAGUUACCUGCAGAAACACGACCCCUGCAGAGGAGGAGGAGGAGUGGGAGGACUGGUCGGCAGAUGUGAAGUCAGGGUCUGCAGGGACAAAGCAAAGCCACCCAUUUUUAACAUCUCACCUGACAACUACAUGGUGGUUGGUGCCCAUUACCGCAGCAAGAAGUAGAUUCUCAAACCACUCAUUUUUGCUUCUGACUCUGGGUAGCAGCGGUGAACAUUUCACUUAAUUAGACCAAACUGCACAAGGUUAAUGAUUUAACAUACAGUUCAGAUCUCUGUUACUUCAAAUUUAAGAUGAAAUCCUACAUUUUCCAACAUUUUUCAUACCUGAUUGUUAUCUGUAUGAAUCUAGAUACUGUAACAACUUGGCAGUGAAGCUAUGCAAUUUUAUGUUUACAGCAAUUAGUCAAUGAGCAGGACAUUAGUUGCAGCAAUUUAAUAACUGAUCAACUGUCUCAGUCACUCUUCGGGACAAAAUGCCAAACAUUUGCUGUGUGCUCCCUCUUCUUGCUGCUCUUCUUCAUUAUAUAUAUUAGUAUACUUAAUAUACUAUAUAUACAAAAGUAUUGGGGCAGCUGAUUAUUACACAAAGGUGUUCAGUAGGGUUGAGAUCAUAGAAAAGGGUCUUCAACAAACUGUUGCCACAAAGUCGGAAGUAAAGCAUUGGCCAAAAUAUGUUGGCAUUAAGAUUUCCCUUCACUGGAUGUAAGGGGUCAAGCCCAACCCCUGAGAAAUAGCUCCAUAAAGAGGUGUGUCUGGAUAUUUUUGUCUACAUAGUGUAUCUUUAGUUUUGGACUGUUGGUUAAGAUAAAUAAUCUUGAAAAAUAACCUGAUAAUCGUUAGUUUCAGCACUAGUUUUUAUGUACUAUAUAUCAUAACUUUCAUCUAAUAAUCGUCAUCAAAUAUCCUUUCAGGAAAGGUUUUGUGUAGUAUCAUAUUCAGUAAUGGAGUUAGGCUCUGCAUGUGUACUGUUGUAGUUUUGUUAGUGAAUGUACAGCUAUAUAUGUUUGUGUAUCAUGGUACUGUAGUUUAAAUGUGUAUGUUUGCAUUUUGGAUGCCUCAGUCCCAGCAGCAGUUUGAGUUGAGUUUUAAAGGUCUACAUACUGACUCUCAAUGUAUGGAAUUAUAUUCAGUAUUUUUCUUAUUAUAGUAGAGAAAGCUUUUUCUGUUUAUACUAAAUGUGUUUCAAAAAAAUAUCUGAAUGCUGUUUAAAAGAUUUAAAAAUAAAUAGUGGGAAAACUGCACAGCCUAAACUACAGCAUUUUAUUAUAAUCAUAUGUAUAAUAGUCAUAAUUAGUCAUUUAGUUAAUAUUCUGUAUUACACGAGUUAUUGUUUCUCAUUUACUUUUACAUUCUGGGCUUGUAACAAAGAUUUGACCAAAAAGGCUAAGGCACAAAACAUCGAGUCCUCCCUCUAGAUGGCACCACGUCCUCAGUGACAAAAGGCCAAACUGCGCUUCCAUUCUUGUCUGGACAAGAUUGCCUGUCAACACCGACUGUGUCACACCUUGCGUUGACAUUUGUCUCUUAGUUGGACUCUAAAUCUGUCUUCAGUUUCAACUCCAUAAACUACCUCAUGUCCAGACACAAGAGUAAAAGACACAAUGCUGGAUUUGGGGGAACAUCUGGGGAAAAUUUUCAGUCAAUAGUGCAACUUUGGAGUGCAAAACUGCAGAAUUGUGCACAAAUACAAACAGUGAACACACAACACAUUAGUAAUUACAUAUUUUAUUUCAGUAAAAUAAAUUAAUUAAAUAUGGACACAAAUUUUCAUAUAUUGAAAGAAACUAACUGUAAUGAGAUCAUGCAAGACUGUAAUGUCUUUUUAGUUCCCACAUAACAUCUGCAGUGGAUUGAACCAGUAUAAAUGACUUGUAGAAAAUAAUAGCGGUGCUACUGAAACAACUGCCACUCUAAACGGUGGCAUUUUCACAGGGCAUCUCUCAUUGCACAGAGUACAUUUCUAAGUUCCUCAUGUAAAACAGGAAGUUGCCACUUGAGAGGAUUUUUACAACAAUUUCAAAUAUGUAGUUACACUUUGCUGACCUCAUUCGUUCAUUAUUCUCAAUGUUUUGUGAAUCUUGCUACUGUGUGCUACUGUUCUGUACUGAAACUCAAUACAGUCCAUGACAAAAUUUUUGUUUUAAAAUGCAGAAAUUGUUGUCGUUCUUGAAAUUUCCUAUUUGGGAUGUGAGGGGGUAAACAUGUGCUUUGAAAUUUUUGCUUGUAAUAGUCUUUUUGAGUAAAGUCCUGCUCAUGUGAACAUCAUGAAUAACUGGAAAAGUCACAUUCUCCCACCUAUAAUACACAAAAAACUUGUAAGAUUUGUGUGCAAUUGUGCUUCAGUCCACACAACAGAUAAUACUUGCACCAUGUACUUACAUACAUUACAGUUUACUGCCGACAGUAAUACUUACAUUACUGUGUAUCAGUUUGGGUGUAAACUCAAAAACUUUAUAAAACCAAAACACCAAACAGCAUUCUGUGAGUCGCAGGACAUCAGCACAUACACUGACUCAGUUGUCAGUGUAAAGACCCUAGCUAUAAAUGAAUUUAUACUAAUGGUAUGUUCUUGUUUCUGGUAUAUAUAUUUUCAUGGUAAGAGCCUAGACCCACUGACCUUAAACACACUGCAUGGCAUGAACCCAAAAUCUUCUUCUAAAACUUCUAAAGCAAACAACAGAGUGCUCAUUGCGAGCUCUGGUCAUCUUUUGCUCCCACGUGUGGCCUUGCAACCAUAUGAACUUUAACUCCACCUGCUCAGACUUCUGCUUCCCAGACUUUUAUGAGACCCAGCAAAGUGCACAGAUUCAACAAGACACUGAAGAUACAGUUGUCAGUCAUGCCUCAGUUAGUUUCCUCGACUUUCUGGAAAGUGGUAGCCUCAUGAAGGGGUUAAUGGGGAUGGUGAAAGGACUGAACAUCACACACAGUGUUGUCGAUACACAUUAUAACACCUUUUUUUUUCUUUGAAAGAUAUUUGACAUAGCUGAUAGAUUAUCUCAUGACUCAACUCCAGCAGUCAACAUUCAUAAAAAGUUCAUUACACAUGGCUGUAAUAUUCUCUUAUCAUAAAGUUGUAGUGAGUUUGAAAUCUUCAAAAUAAAUCUGUUGGAAUGACUGGGAGAAAUUAUUUUAUUUGCGGAACGUAAAACUGGCUGCUGUAUUAUUGUCAUCCAUAAGAGUCACCGGGAGAAACGUUCCUCCUUUUCCAUUGAACAAACUGAAGUCCUAACUGCUAUACCCUGUUUUCAAAACCUUUUGUGUGGCCCUGUUGCACACUACACGCCGUGAUGUGUGCAAUUUCGUAAGGUAGUACACAGAAAUUGGUUUAUAUUACUGAUUUGCAAUAAUGACACACAAUUCAAGGCGUGUACCGCAUAUCAAUCCGACUGUUAGCACUUCCAAUUUUAAAUCAGAUAUUUUUCAAGAAUUUAUUGCAUUAUUUUUUACUGUAGUUUACUCCUUUUUUCUACUACUUAAAUGCAGCUGUUGUCCUCAUAAAGAAAAAAAUAUAUCUUUUUUAAUUGGUGGUCAAUUCUUUCCAUUAACACAAAACUUCUAAAUGAAGCCAUUUAUGGAUACUUGAGAGUUUAAGCAUACUUCAUUUUGUCAUUUUCCAUGUGUGGAUGAACCACAAUAAAACACAAAAUGAGUAUAGAGUGUAUAUUUGGAAUACAGCUUUAAACAUACAUCUCAAUAGUUAAAAGUCUCUCUAAAUUACCUUUUGUGCUUUUUUUUCAUUAUCAGAUUUGGAGGUAUUUUUAAUCCAACAAUUGCCUCACAAAUGUGAAAGAAAAACCGAAUAAUUCCCAUGUUCCCAUCACAUAACAUACGUUAUGUAGUACGUACACAAUAAAAAAAUGAAACUGAUGUGAAUUUAGAGAGUUGCACUCAGUGUUAAGCUUUCAAAAAAAAAAAAAAAA